AUGGCGCACAAUCUACAACCACAUGGCUCGCAGAACAGCUUCCUAGAGCAACUGCAUGAGCAUGCAUCCACAGCGCCACGUGCAGAAGCUGUAGAGAAAUCUGCUUUCGCUUUACGCAAGAGCAACAGCGUAGAAGCUGCAGAGAAACCUGCUUUCGCUCCCCCGAUCUACAGCUUCGCAGAUGAAACCGGCAAACAGCGCCACGCCUUCACGGCAGCGCCAGGUCCAGCAGUCAAUGCUCCUCCGACCAUCAGAAGGCGCGAUCCCAGCGAGUACAUGUCAGAGCCAGGCCGCGUGCCAAGGCUAUACGACUACCUGCCCGACUUCGAGGCCAAUCUCAAAGCGCAACGUGACCGCAUCGACUUCAAGGGCUUAGCAGCCACAAUGAAGGCUAUCGUAGAUGAGCAGGAGCGCGUGCUUGAAGGGGUCAAGAGUAUACUGCAAACUCCUGUCGCCCGCAGGAAGUCACAUUUCAUACGGAGUGACGAGGAGGAGGAACGCAUCCAGGCCGGUCGGCGUGCGCUCACGGAACAGCGAGAAAGGAGCAUAGAACGACAGGACGAGCUCAUGCGGAAGUUCAAGGCUUUGUUACUGGUUCCUCCUCCCAUUUUGAGGGCACAACAGGCCGCAAGCUCUGGUGAGGCGGUCGGAUGUCGUGAAGGGUAUGAUGCAAAGCCUGAAGACGGCGAAGGUGAAAGCAGUGAUGAAGACACUGCUGAGCGAGGCGAGCGAGUGAAGUGA